AAUCACCAGACCACUUAAAGAAAUGCUAAUGAUUCUUUUAUUAUUUGUAUUAUUUUUUAUGAACAAUAAAUAACUAGUUUCUAUUAUUAAGUUGCUAAAGUAAAAAGACAAGGCUGCAUUAGGUGACUUUGCCAACAAAGAUAACAUGCAAGACCAUUUUAAGCUCCACCCUUCAUAUAACAUUAACAGUAAGAAUCAAGGCGCUAAUUAUAUCGGAACCAUUCUAAGCUUACGACAUCUAAAGCAGGAACCCAACGUCAGUGGAGCAGGUCUAGCUAGCAUCAUGCAAGUUCUUCCUCGUUAUUCAAUAGACCGUCCAGCCUACUCUCAACCAGAUUUUGAUGAGGAGUUUAACAGGAAGAAAAGAAACUAUCCUUUGGGGGAGAAAGUCAGGAAAUUUUUCAGAUGCUCCAGUGGGCGGCUGAAAAGUCUUUUCUUCAGACAUCUGCCAGUGCUCAGCUGGCUUCCCAAGUACAAUUUCAGACAGAACCUUGUGUGUGAUGUCAUCAGUGGAGUCAGCGCAGGCACAAUUCAAGUUCCACAGGGCAUGGCUUUUGCACUUUUGGCCAACUUACCUCCAGUGAAUGGACUUUAUUCAUCUUUCUUUCCUCUUAUUCCAUAUUUCUUCUUGGGCACAGCUCACCAGAUGGUACCAGGUACUUUUGCUGUGCUGAGUAUCAUGGUGGGUAUAGUAUGUUUGCAGCUGGCACCUGAAUCAGAUUACAGCUAUUUUAACAGCACUCUCAAUGCCACUGUAGUAGAUGAGCAGAAGAUGAAUGAGGCCCGAUUGGCCAUAUCAGGAACUUUGGCUUGUUUGACUGCCAUCAUACAGAUUGGUCUCGGCAUGAUGCAGUUUGGAUUUGUGGCCAUAUACCUUUCUGAGUCAUUUGUCAGAGGUUUUAUGACAGCUGCUGGCCUACAGAUCCUCAUAUCUGUGCUUAAAUACAUCUUUGGGAUCAAAGUACCACCUUAUAGUGGUCCUCUGGCUGUAAUUUAUACACUCAUAGACAUAUGCAAAGGCCUGCCCAGAACCAACAUAGCUUCUCUGGUGUUUGCUAUUGCCAGCAGUGUGGUGCUAAUCAUAGUAAAAGAACUGAGCACUCGCUACCGUCAUAAAAUCCCCUACCCUAUUCCAAUAGAAAUCAUUGUUGUGGUGGUGGCCACUGCAAUCUCUGGGCCACUGCAUCUGCCUGAGAAGUACCACAUGGAUGUUGUAGGAGAAAUCCCUUUGGGGUUUCCUUCCCCAAUCCUACCUAGAGUGUUCGAGUGGGGGGAAAUGUUAAGUACAGCUUUCUCACUGGCCAUUGUGGGAUAUGUUAUCAAUUUGGCAAUGGGCCGGACGCUGGCCAACAAACAUGGUUAUGAUGUGGAUCCCAAUCAGGAAAUGCUAGCUUUGGGCUUCAGUAAUCUCCUGGGUGGUUUCUUUAAGAUUCAUGUGAUCUGCUGUGCUCUGUCUGUCACACUAGCUGUGGACAGUGCAGGAGGUUCCUCACAGUUUGCCAGUCUGUGUGUUAUGGUAGUUGUCAUGGUCACUAUGUUGGCUCUGGGAGCUUUUCUCAGACCACUCCCCAAGUCAGUAUUAGGAGCUCUCAUAGCUGUUAAUCUGAAGAACACACUACUGCAGAUCUCGGAUCCAUACUAUCUAUGGAAGAAGAGCAAACUAGACUGUUGUGUAUGGGUUGUCUCUUUCCUGGCAACCUUCUUCCUAAGUCUUCCUUAUGGUGUUGCUAUUGGGGUGAGCUUCUCCAUCCUGGUAGUCAUUUUCCAGACUCAGUUUCGUAAUGGCUCAGAAAUGGCUCAGGUCUUGGAUACUGACUUGUACAAGAACCCUAAAGUGUACAAUAAGAUGAAAACCAUUGAAGGUGUGAAAAUAGUGGGUUACUGCUCACCUCUUUACUUUGCCAAUGCAGAGAUAUUUCGCCGAAAGGUUAUCAAAAAAACUGGGCUUGAUCCAGGCAAGAUGCUUCUGGCCAGGAAGAAGUUUCUGAAAAAACAGCAGGAGAAAGAAAACCAAGAAAUAAAAGCCAAGCAGAGUCAGGAGAAGGCAGCUGCCAGAAAGAGGAAAGUGAGCUCACUAGUUACCAUGAAGACGCAGACUAUUUCACAAAUUGAUCUGCAGAGUGACUUUUACACCACUGGUGUAAGCAGCAAUAAUAUGCCCACGAGUUACAUCAAUCCAUACUGUGAUAUCAUGAACUCUGCUGACCAGCUUCCAGAGCCAGAGUCCUCCAGCUCCCCUCCUGUUAUGAUGGAGUUGCAACCUGUUCCUUUUCAUACGCUUAUCUUGGACCUGGGUGGAGUCUGUUUCAUCGACUUGAUGGGCAUUAAAGUUCUUACCAAGAUGAGCAACACAUAUAGUGUGCUGGGGAUAAGACUAUACCUGGCAAAUGUACAAGCUCAGGUAUUUGAAGAGCUGGAAGUUGGAGGAGUGUUUGAGGAGAGCAGUAUUACUCCAAAUCACAUAUUCUUGUCAGUCCAUGACGCAGUUCUUUUUGCCCAGCACAAGUCACAGACUCCCGUAACUACAGAAGAGGAAGACAGGAAAAGGGUAAAAUUGGCAUUUGAUGUAGAAGAAGAGGAACAGGAUCUGGAGCAGGAACUCUUCUGAAAGCUCAGACGAAUAUUUUGAAAGUAGCUGGUUUGACAGCAUUAUCACAUGAUUAGUCUUGCAGGAUCUGCUAUGACUUUAGUUAAAAAUUAUUUACAUAUUGUUAUUUGUCUGUUCACCAGUAGAGGGAAGAAAUUCAUAAUCUAAAGACAAUAUCUACAGUAAGCUGUAUAUGACUGUGUUUUCUGGAAAGAUUGUAAUUUGAUAAAAAGCUAUACAAAAUCAUUUUGUAUAAUAUACAUUUUAUAUAUACAUACAGCCUAAUUAUUUAUACUUUUAAAACUAAUUAUCUAACUUUUUAGACUGCCAAGAUUGUUAGUUUUAGAUAAAAUGGUGUUCAUAUUAACAAAUUGAAAGGGAAAAUUGAAAAGUGAAAUUGAAAGGGUUUUGCUUUUGACCAGCAAAGAAGGGCUACACACCUUUCAGGAGAUGGUAGCAUGUACGUGAUGUUAGUUAACACCUCAGAAUAAUCCAUCAGGAAGUAAAAGAGAAACUAGGCAAAGCUCCUAAGCUUCUUAGUUGUCCCACUACGUGGCUAAGACGCCCAAAUCUGUCUGUGUGUUGUGUCUACAUUUGGAUGUAAUGAAAUUGUAAACUGCUGUUCUACAAUAUUUAGAUGUAAGUAUUUCUAAUGUUAUUAGACACAUUUUAUGUUUAUUAUAUACUGCUGUAUAUCAUUCCAAUUGCAUUUCUUGCAAAAAUAAUAAUGAUUUUUUUUUUAUUUGAGCACACCCACUGUAACUCAAUUUCAUUUAAUUAGCUUAUUAGCUGAAACGUGUUUUGGGAACAGGGAAAACACUAAAAUGGGACAGGACAUGAUAUCCUCAGAUUUCAGCAUAGUUGAAAACAUAGAGUAUGGGAGUUCUGCACUGAGGCAUUCAGUUAGACAGCACUCCAUCAUCAUCAAAACACCAGUUGAGGGAAUAUAAAAAAUUGUCCCUCUAGUACAGUUCCAGAGAUCCUAGAAUUUAUACCAAGGCACCAUGAACCUGUUCUGGUGGUUUGUGCCCAACACCUUACCAAUUCAUUUUAUAUUGCAGUUUAUUUAAAUGUGUCACCAAUCUAUGUAUUUUAAAAGCCAUGGUGAGUAAUGUCUCCUUAUGACCUGCUGAAUUAAUAUCUAGUGGAAAUUUAAAUGAAUAAACAAUCUCAACCCUUUUUGAGGGGACAUCGAAAGAUUAUUAAACAUUAAGGAGGGCUUCAGUAAUAAAGUCAAGUGUGACAACAAUUUAUUGAACUCAUCUGUGUGGUUUCACUCUUCACUCUGUUGAAAUACAUAAUUUUGCAUAUCAACUGUAAAGCAUGAAAUGUCUUAAAUGACAUGCUUAACCAUUUCUUAUGAGACUUCUUACAGUCAGAUACACAACUUUGGUAGCAGAAACUCCAUUACAGCAGUAAACCACUACUGUACCUGUUUCAAUAUUAAAAUCUUAAAAGUCCAGUUUGGUGUGCUAUUAAUUGCUGUAAUCAUGUCAUUGAUAGAUGCUGAUGGUGUUUGUGUGUUAGCUCUUGUUCAUUUUUAAACAUGUUUUUAAAAACUAACUAAUUAAAGUAGUGUGUAAUAAUGUUUAUUUUUUUCCUCAAGUUGUUGUAAAAUUAACAUCAUAUUGCAUGUUUGACAUGCAGCUACAAGUGAACAGUGUAUAGAGAGUAUGGUUUUGUGCUCUCAGGGGGUUUCUGUGAGCUUUAUGCUUCAGUCACUCACAAGAGAGAAAAAACAAAUAAGAAGCAUAAAACAUGCAAAUGCAAGGAAACAAGAUAUUAAGGUAUCCUUAAUGGUACCGGGCCAGUAUUGGUACAUCCCUAGUAAUGAAUUUAUCUUUGUACAAAAUGACAAAUAAAAUCAUAUACAUUUCACUGUGUAAUUGGUAAGUUGCAAACAACAUGGAUGUCCUGAAACCUUUCCCCAAUACUCUACCACAUGUGUAACAAACCUGGCUACCUUUAAAGGCACUAUAAAAUGUUCAUGAUUUCUUACAUAUGCUAGACAGGCAAAAUUAUUUACAUGAAGUAUGCCUCUCAGGUUAAUGUCGUACUAAUGCCUUACUGGAUUUAAUUACUAUAUUGACUAAAAUUAAUUCAUAAAUGAAUUAUUUUAUACUAAUUAUAAUAAUUAUUUUACUAAUUAAAUUAUAUGGCAGUGCUUUGUGUAAAAAAAAGAUUGACUGAAAACAGGAAGUAUGUUGAGGUAUAUCAUGUGUUAUAUGUGUAUGUGCCUGUACAGGAUGUGGUGUGUGUUAAACUACUUUAUCAGCAAGCUUGCACUGCAGCUUUGGCAAGUAGUGUCAAGUAAUCCAAAGCAAAGACAAAAAAUGCAGAUCACUGUAGUGUUUGCCUGUCUGGUGAUAUCAGCAGUCUCUGCUGCUCAGAAUGACUCAACAGUGGCCUGUUAUAUGGAUGCGUCCAUGCAGCACAUGUUUUUGUCUAUUGAUCCUUUCUGGUGCACUCAUAUUAUUUACUCCAUU